GAUGGUAUCAGAGCCUUCGGUCUUCUGACUGUGGGUAUCCAACGACGAUUUCGACAAUGGGUUUGGAUAGUAACGAUAUAGCGCUGAUCAGGCGGAUUCUCGCUCGGGUGGAGCAGAUGUUUUUUUCCAUCGCAUGACGACGAUGAAGAGAUCCGCCGAUCCUGAAGCUGAGGAAGACCCAGAUCCGUCGCUUGGGAAAUUCAUCGAGCAGGUGGUGAGCGGUCCAACUCAGAAGGGAUUUCCUGCAUCCGGAGCUUUUGCGACUCCUCGGGCAAGACGAUCUCGCGGUCCGAAAAGGUUUCUUGGCAAGCGCAACUACCGCAGGGCUCGGGCAAGAAAACCAGGGAAGCGUGACAGAGCUCACUCGUCCAAGGUUAGAUCUAGCGAUGGCUCUACACGACCUUCUGCGAGAUAUGGUAUGCGUUUCCGAUCUCCUACUUUGCCCUUGUGUUCUAGACCUCGGACAUGGGAAUUUCUGCUUGAUCUUGGUUACGAUAGUAUGUCGCUGAAGAGCACUCGUGUAGCGAGUGAACGACCUUGCGAUCCUGGACGAGCUAACCAUGUGUGGGAGCCGGGUGGAUUAUCGCCUGAACAAGCUCAGUGGGACUGGGUAGGGAAGGUUUACAGUCGUGAUAGACUGAAACAAGCGGAGAAGAUGGGACCAACGGGAUCAGCCACCAGGAAGUUAAUAAGAUCUGAUUUUUGGCAUCCUUUGAUCCUGGAGGAACUUGUGCUGAAAAGUAUGAUUAGUAGGCUUAAUUAUAAAGUUCUCGUUCAACCAGAACUAGAUAAAGCUACAAGGGCAGUCUCUAGAAUUACUUACGGAUUGGUUGCUGUUGGUAAAGCUGAUGGGUAUAAUUUUGAGGUUGUGGAUUGUGAUCAAGUUAACUCCACUGACGAAGAUAAGCUUGUGAGUUUCAUUGGAUCUGGUGGGUGUCAAACACACUUUAAGAAGCAGCUAGUAGCAAGGGAGUUAGCAUUGUUUAAUCCCGAAAAAUUCAUGAACCUAAGACUACCUCAUGACAAGGGAAUUCUAGUCUUUGCUGGUCAUAGAAUUGCUCAAACCACAUUGUGAGAUUGAUGCCAUUUUGAUAGAAAUCGUCGGUAUAUAAAGAGAAAGUUUGCGAUGUAAGAUGUGCUCUUACGAAGGAAAAUAGGAUUGCUAACUUUUGCAUCUAUAUAAAAUGAAAAGAAAGUUUUUGU